AUGGUUUUCAUGGAUUUGGAAUGGUUGUUUCCAAUUUUAAGUGUCCCUUUUGCUUCAGCAGUAUUCACACUGGUGGCAUUAAUGGGAGGGUUAUUGGGUUAUUUGUAUACGCCGUAUUGGCGAGUAAGGAAGGUUCCAGGUCCACCAUCUCUGCCCCUGCUAGGACACCUUCCUUUGCUGGCUAAGUAUGGUCCUGAUGUGUUCUCAAUGCUCGCUAAGAAAUAUGGCCCAAUCUACAGAUUUCACAUGGGAAGACAACCCCUAGUAAUUGUAGCAGAUGCUGAGCUUUGUAAAGAGGUUGGAAUAAAAAAAUUUAAACACUUUCGAAACAGAAGCAUUCCAUCACCUGUUUCUGCUUCCUCUAUUCAUCAAAAGGGUAUUUUCAACAGCAGGGAUUCACAAUGGUCUACCAUGCGGAACGCCAUAUUGUCAGUGUACCAACCAUCACACUUAUCCAGAUUAGUCCCACAAAUGCAGUCAAUUAUAGAAUCUGCAACCCAAAAUGUUGACUCUCAUAAUAAGGAAGACAACAAUUUUUCUGAUAUAUUCCUCAGACUUGCAACUGAUGUGAUAGGAGAGGCAGCUUUUGGUGUUAACUUUGGCCUCUCUAGGCCUCAUUCAUUCUGUGAUUCAAUGAAAAGUGUUAAUAACAAAGAUUUGGGGGAUGUAGGUGGUGUUAGUGAUGAAUUAUCAGAUUUCAUCAAUCAACACAUCUACUCUACAACACAACUUAAGAUGGAUUUAUCUGGUUCCUUUUCCAUGAUACUUGGUCUAAUUCUCCCAAUACUUCAGAAACCAUUCAGGCAGAUUUUGAAGAGAAUACCAGGCACCAUGGACUGGAAAAUGGAACACACUGAUAAGAAAUUGAGUGGCCUUCUUGAUGGCAUUGUGGGAAAGAGAAUGAAAGAUAGGAACCUAAGUACUUCAAAGGAUUUCUUGUCACUCAUACUAAAUGCUAAAAAUGUCUUCACACCUGAUUACAUUAGUGCUGUGACUUAUGAACACUUACUUGCUGGGUCAGCAACCACAGCCUUUACAUUGUCUUCCAUUCUGUAUCUGGUAGCCUCCCAUCCCCAAGUUGAGACAAAAUUGCUUCAAGAAAUUGAUGGGUUAGGUCCACGAAAUCAGACACCCACUUCUCAUGACCUUAAUCACAAAUUUCCUUAUCUUGAUCAGGUGAUCAAGGAGGCAAUGAGGCUUUACACUGUUUCCCCCUUAGUUGCAAGAGAAACAUCAGAUGAAGUAGAGAUUGGAGGUUAUCUUCUUCCAAAGGGAACAUGGGUAUGGUUAGCACUUGGAGUCCUAGCAAAAGAUCAAAGAAACUUUGCAGAGCCAGAAAAAUUCAAACCAGAGAGGUUUGACCCCGAAUGUGAAGAAAUGAAACGAAGGCAUCCUUAUGCAUUUAUACCAUUUGGAAUUGGACCUCGGUCUUGCGUUGGUGAUAAAUUUGCCCUACAAGAGAUGAAGCUCUCUCUUAUUCAUCUAUACCAGAAAUAUGUGUUUCGGCAUUCACCUAAUAUGGAAAAACCAGUGGAAAUCGAAUAUGGGAUAGUCCUCAACUUCAAGAACGAUAUCAAGCUCAGAGCAAUAAAAAGGACAUAG